CCCAAGCCACUGCCACCGAGCCUGAGUCUGAGAUCUGUUGACAUUCUGUGGUGUCAGAGAAGUGAGAUCCAGAGUGACUGCCUUCUGUUCCAAGCCACAGUGGGCACAUGUGAGGUAACUGCAGGACACCAUUGUUCUCCACCGUGUCCCUUGGCAACCUUGUUCUUGGUGAAUGAAAAUGCAGCUCCUGGGGUUGGUGCUCUGUUUGGUCCUUGGGACCCUGCAGUUCGAGGCGUCCGAAGGGAAGCUGGUCGCUCUGGAUCCUGAAACAAAUAUGAACGUGAGUGAAAUUAUCUCUUACUGGGGAUUCCCUAGUGAGGAACACUUCGUUGAGACAACAGACGGCUAUAUUCUCUGCCUCCACCGAAUCCCUCAUGGGAGGAAGAAUCGUUUUGACAAAGAUCCCAAGCCGGUGGUGUUCCUGCAGCACGGCCUGCUGGCAGAUUCCAGUAACUGGGUCACAAACCUGCCCAACAGCAGCCUGGGCUUCAUCCUGGCCGACGCCGGUUUUGACGUGUGGAUGGGGAACAGCAGGGGAAACACCUGGUCCCGGAGACACAGGACUUUCUCAGUUUCUCAGGAGGAGUUCUGGGCCUUCAGUUACGAUGAGAUGGCAAAUUAUGACCUACCAGCUUCCAUUAACUUCAUUCUGAAUAAAACUGGCCAAGAACAAGUGUAUUACGUGGGUCAUUCUCAAGGCACCACAAUAGGUUUUAUAGCAUUUUCAGAAAUUCCCGAACUGGCCAGAAAGAUUAAAAUCUUUUUUGCCCUGGCGCCUGUGGCUUCAGUCAAGUUCGCUACUAGCCCUCUAACUAAAUUAGGAGAAUUUCCAGAUUCUCUCCUGAAGCACUUAUUUGGGGUCAAACAAUUUCUUCCCCAGAAUUCGUUUUUGAAAUGGCUGAGCGCACAUGUUUGCAGUCAUGUCAUUCUGAAGGAACUCUGUGGAAAUGCCUUUUUUAUUCUAUGUGGAUUUAAUGAGGGAAACUUAAAUAUGUCUAGAGUGCCGGUGUAUAUAACACACUCUCCUGCCGGGACUUCUGUGCAAAAUAUGUUACACUGGAGCCAGGUGAUUAAAUCCCAGAAGUUUCAAGCCUUUGACUGGGGAAGCAGGGCCAAGAACUAUUUCCAUUACAAUCAGACCUCGCCUCCCCUUUACAACGUGAGAAACAUGUCCGUGCCCACCGCCGUGUGGAGCGGCGGCCGGGACUCGCUGGCGGACGUCAAUGACGUCACCAUGCUGCUGCUCCAGAUCACCAACGUGCUGUACAGCAAGUUCUUCCCCGAGUGGGAGCACCUGGACUUCCUCUGGGGCCUGGACGCCCCCUGGCGGCUCUAUGACGACAUGGUGAAUCUGAUGCGGAAGUACCUGUGAGUGCGCGCCGGCCCAAGUCACCAUCACCGUCACCGGUGAGCGGUCAGGUUCAAACGCGUUUGCUCAAUUUCUCUAGAAUAGUCGUCUGUGUUUCCCAGGCUUUUUGUAUUUUUGUAUGCGAUCAGAUUAUGCCAUUGAAGGUGUUCAGGGCCAAUCAUGGUGUAUUUUUUUGCCUUUAAAAAUUUUUUUUUGCUUUUUUUUGUCCAAUCAUAGUGUAUUUGAGGCUCGUGUCUCUAACCUACCGCAGCCUCUUGAAGACUUUUCAAAAUCUCACUGACUCAUGAAAGAUCCUAAUCAUUCUGUAUAGCCUUACAAUUUGAAAUAUACACAUACUGCCUUUUGUACCUCCACACAGGACACACUGUGUGUGUCGGCAUUUUGAAGCUGUGUGUUUUGUUGGCAGAUAAGCUGGUACUGAUUUGAAAGAGCUCAGUGUGUGAAGUAUCCGGUUCUCAUCUCUUUGCCUUAAAGGGCUCUUCAGCCCAGUGGCCUUGUGGUCAUUAGGGAGCCGAGUGCCACGUUCUCCUCUCCUCAUGUAUCAGGUGCAGAGUCAAACCCACUGAUGCCCCGAGUGUGACUCACUGACGCUGGGUGUGAAGAUUCUAUGGUGAAUGUUAUCAAGCCUAACCACGUUUAAAUUGCUCAGACCAAGCAGCAGCGUUUGCUGGGGUCUUCAGAAAUAAAUGGCACUGAUUAAAAAAAGAAAAACCUCUGUAUUUUAAAUAGCUUGAAGACUCAUACUUGCGACCGUCUGUCUUCGUAUGAGUAAUUGUGUGGCAGGUGAUAAAUCCACUCGUUUGAGAAGAAGAGCGCUAUGGAGAGGCAGUGCCACUCUUUUCCGUGAAAUUACUGUAUUCUCUCGGCUGCUGCCGCACCAGUGCUGAUAACCAGGACGCAGAAGCCCAGGGGCUGCCUGGGAGGGGCGUCUUAACUCAUGUGAGCGUGAAUGUUCUGAGAUCAGAGCUCAGGGAGUCUCUUUGUUUUCUGGUUUUCUGUGUGUCCAUAGUUUCAAUUCUCCUGAUUUGCGCACCGGGUUCCUAAUUUGCACACAGCGCUGCCCCCUUGCAAAACUGACAGAUGGACAGAAUGACAAUUGGCGUGUUUUUCUGACACAGCUAUUUCAGCCACAGUAAUAAAGGAUACUUGGUGUUCACUGAUAGAUGCAGGCAGCAUCCUACUUAAAAAGUCUUGAACGUUUCAAUAAAACUGAAUAGCCUCAUUGGCUGAGGGAUUGUG